AUGCUGCAUCCAUGCAUGGCUAUCUCGACUUCGCUCCUCGACUUGCUGAAGGCAGACACAGCCAAAGCCCAUAGCACUGAGACCGUCCUGUUUGGACCUUUUUUUAGCAAGCUGGCGAGCAAGGCUGAACCCUAUUCCUCGUUCCGUAACCUUUACUGCAAUGACAUGCACAUGGAGGAGGGAAGUUUAUCAUCUAUCUCAUCGACCUUUCUUCCUCUGCAUAAAUCCAAUGCACCAAAGCAGCGAAAGGGGGUGUCUGGAAGUGGCCGUGGUAGGGAAGGCUGGACGCCCGUGAAGUUGAUAUCACGGGACCAGCUAGUUAUGGCACGCAAGGUUGUUUGUUGA